UUUCUUGUUAUCAUUCAUAACUACCCUAGGCUCAUGAUAUAUGGACACAACCAAAAUAAUGGAGUCACAUAAGAUUGUGGCAAUAGCAGCUGCAUCAGGAGUCACGGCGGGGGUGGCAUUGAUAGGUGCACCUGUUGUUUUAGGUGUGAUUGGUUUCACCAAAGUGGGCGUGGCAGCAGGUUCUAUUGCAGCUGCUGUACAGGGCCCCACCACGGCAGCAGGGAGCUUGUUUGCACUUUGUCAGAGUGCCGGCGUGCUGGGGACGGCUGUUGGCACGAAGGCUAUCAUAGGUGGCGCUGCAGGAACUUUGGGUGGCGCUGUUGCUGCCAUCUGGAAAUAAAGUCGUGGACUUUUUAUCUUACCUAGUUGGCUACUAAAUAUGACUGAGGAAAAUAUCCAAUUAAAAAUAAAAUCAUGGAAUACUCCAUGUUUAUUUAAUAUUCGUAAAUAUCACUGAUAACUCCUUUUGAUAAAUAACAAAAUUUGUAAUGACACAAUUCUUAGUUUUUCGAUAGUGUAAAAUAAAUUACUGCAUGGAAUUUUUAGGUUUCUAAAAAGUGGAAAAAUAAACUGCUGCAUGGAAUUUAAAUGUUCGUCUUUAUCAAAUUGUAUGAUAAUCUUUAUUGUCUUUCUUGUAUUUUUGAAAUAUAUUAAUCUUACAAAUGA